AUGGAAGACUUCUUUCGAUCUGCAGGAGCUAUCGCCGAUGAAGUUCUGGUUGCCCAUUUCACAGAUGCCCCGUGCGCUGCUGUUCCUAAGGUUUGUAAUCUCGCUAGGCAAGCAAACCGGAAAAGACAGAAGACAAGACCACAGGAGCCCACUGAUCUGGAGUUUGAGGUUGACGAACGCCACAUACCAGAUGAUUUCCUGCAGGCAGACGUGAAGGUUGGAGGUCGGCGCCACCUCAUAUUCAGCACCCCAGAAAUGAUCGCCCUACUAAAGCAAGCAAAGGUUUGGUACAUGGAUGCCACUUUCAAAGUUGUGAAAGAUCCAUUCAAGCAGCUAUUCUCAAUUCAUGCCUUUGUGAGACAAAACAGUGACGUGAAGCAGAUACCGUUGGCAUUUAUCUUAAUGUCUGGCAAAAAAAGGCGAGACUACAAGCACGUGUUGAAGGCCAUCAAGAACCUCCUUGCUGAUGGUCUCUGCUUGAAAGGCGUUGUCAUCGACUUCGAGCAUGCGUUAUGGCAGGCAGUGGCAAAGGUGUUCCCAGGUGCAUCAGUUCAAGGCUGUGUGUUCCAUUGGACCCAAGCAAUUUGGCGGAAAGUACAAGGGUUGGGCCUGACCACAGCAUACAACGAGGACGACUCAACCCAUAAAUACAUUAGACGGUUGAUGGCCUUGCCAUUUUUGCCCCACGAGCACAUUAGCCAGAUGUUUGAGCAGCUGAAGGCUUUGGCAACCACACCUGUCCUCCAAGCCCUGGUCGCGUACAUCAGUGAUACCUGGAUCAAUUCCACAGUUUGGUCUCCGGAGAAUUGGAGCAUAUUCAAAAAAAGUGUUAGAACCAACAAUGAUGUUGAGGGUUGGCACCAUCGUUUAAACCACAACGCAAGGCGUGGAUCCCUGCCCUUCUACUUGCUGGUUGACCUGUUACAUCGCGAAUCUCGUCUGGUGUCCGUACAGGUUCGUCUAGUUUCUGACAACAAAUUGAAACGUCAACAACGGCGCAAAUACAGAAAACUACAAGGCAGAAUAUUUGAACAUUGGGACAAAUUCAUUGCUGGUGAAAUGACCAGCAAACAACUGUUGCAUGCUUGUGCCCAUGUCAAUGGCCCUUGCACCCAGUGA